AUGAUCAGCGGAUGGAUUGUUAAUUUCGGGGCGGGCUUCGCGACCGAUCCGAUGCACGAGCUUGCCCAGCAUAAUCCCAACCUCUCCGCAAUGUUUAUCGAUCCCCAGGGUGUCCGAGGGAAGCAUCCGCCACACAGAGGAGUGCAUUUCGUACACGAGGCCGCAAGUCCUGUGAAUCUCUGUUCUGUGUUGCUGAAAGGUGGACUCGCGUGCUCGCCGCCUGGGUCGUUGGCUACCCCUAUCGAUUUUGUUAAGGUUGACAUUGAUAGUUUUGAUUGCGCUCUGGCUAAGGCUGUGUUGAGGCUUGCCAGGCCGAUGGCUGUAUGGAUUGAGGCCAACAUCGCUGUGCCGCCUCCCGUGCGGUUCUCGCGCCAGUGGGACUCCCGAUUCUACGAGGCCACCCAGCAGGUGUCUUCGUUCGGCAGAACGCCUGCAACCUUCGGCUGCUCCACCAGUGCAGCUGUUGCGCUGUUCCACGAGGAAGGCUACGGCCUCUUCGGGAGCGACGAUCAAGACCUUGUGUUUGUCCGUCGUGAUCUGACGACGCAUGUUGGCGAAAUCGGUAUUGAUGAAUUCCUCUGCCACCGAGCCAUUCUCUCUGCAAGGACGUCGAUUUCGUUUGUCCGCAACGCCCUGGUCGCAGAGUGGUUGGAUGGCGAUGCUUCCGAGUCAUUGCGCAACAUCUGGUGCAACUUCACCGUGCACGACUACCUUUUAGGACUGGACGGCAUGCCCUUCGCAAUGUCCGUCUAG